AGAGAAACAAGUAAAAAACUUUGACAGAAAUUACAAAAGAGUAAUAAGUUGGCUCCGGCUUUAUGUUUACAAAAUUUAUUUCACAUUAAACACCAUAAUAUAAUUUUAGAUACAGUUACAAUUUGGAAGUAUCACAGAAAUAAACUUGAGCUUUUUAAACAUGUGUAUAACCAUACACCCGGACCCUGUAGAAUUGUUCCUGGAGAAGGAAUUGGAUAUGAAGACAUGGAAACAUUACCUAAUGGUUUAACAUUUAUUACAUCAGGCCUUGUUAUGCCAGGAGCUUCCUCUACAGUUUCUGAACACCGUAAGAAGCACAAUGGAAAAGGAAGAAUUUAUUUGUUUGAUUUUAAUCAACCAGAUAAAGGCAUAGAAGAACUAAAAAUUGUAGGAGACCAGUUCAACCAGUCUGAUUUUGGUCCUCAUGGCAUUAGUUUGUGGAAAGACAAAGAUAAAGUGACAGUUAUGGUGGUUAAUCAUGGAUCAGCAGGAGAUACUAUAGAAAAAUUCCUGUUCAUAGCUAAAGAUAAACAGCUGAAGCAUGUUCACACUUACAGAGACACAACUAUACAUAUGGUAAAUGAUGUAGCAAUGGACAGUGAAAAAAGUUUUUACUUCACAAAUUUUGCCUACUAUAAGAGUGGACUUUUUAAAUUAUUAGAGGCAGUCAUACCAUUAGCCUAUGCAAAUCUGAUGUAUUAUGACGGGAAAGCAUACCACAAACAAGAUGAUGGAUUUGUUACCAUAAAUGGUCUGGUGUUAUCACAUGAUCAAAAGUAUUUGUAUACAGGAGAAACAGUCCCUCAGAAAUUUCAUACUUUUACAAGACAGAAGAAUGGAACACUAAGUAGAUACCAGGAAUUUAAUGUAAAAACAGCAAUUGACAAUCCAACUUUAGAUAAAGAUGGCAAUGUUCUAUUUGGCACUCAUCCAAUAAUAUGGCAAGUUAUGGGACAUAUGGAUAACCCAGAAACACCAGCUCCCUCACAGGUAAUUAAACUUCACAUGAAAGAUGGUGCCGUGACCAAGAUGACAGAAGUUUUCGCUGAUGAUGGUCAUACGUUGUAUGGAUCAUCAGUGGCCUCCUUGUAUAAGGACGCCAUGUUAGUAGGAACAGUGCUCCACAAGUUAAUGUUUUGUGAAGUACGUUGGAUUGAUUGAGUGUGAUGCACUAUUUAUGCAUGCAAUUCUGACAUGAAUGAAAUUUAGUUUCAGUGUGUGAAAAAUGAAUAUAAUCUAAGAAGUAAUCCCUUUUCAUACUGCAACAUAUAUUAUUUGCAAAACCAUAGAAUGAAGUGUAGGACACAAGUUAAUCAAACUUUGAUUGUCUUUUUAUUUUACUUCGUUUCAGUAUAUCCCAUUCCUAAGUGAGUAUUUGGAAAUCCUAGCUGAUGUUUUUUAAGAACACCAGCUGCCAUUUUAAUACUGUAUAAACUCAUCAUAGAUACCAGGUCUAAAUUUAGUAUAUAUGUUAGACCCGUGUUUCAUCUACAAAAGACUCAUCAGUGACCCUCAAAUCCAAAAAAAUGCCAAAUAAAGUACGAAGUUGAAGAGCAUUGAGAACCAAAAUUCCUAAAAGUUUUGACACCUUAUAUAUAAUUAAGUAUAAUUUUGUUAUUUACUAGUUUGCCUUUUAUUUUAUGAACAAUGAGAACGAAUUUUACUUUUAUGUACAUGUAUAUGGUUUUUCAUUUUUGAAUUAAACAUUUACCCUCACUUUACAGACCCCAUUUUUAAGGGUUGGGUACUUUUUUUUUGUUUUUAGGCCCCUAUAUGGAUCAAUAGAUUCAGUGGGUGGCUUUUGUAUGUUCAAAGAAGCCCUAUUCUGGUGAUUGACUGCAAAAAUAAAUUUAUAAAAAUAGGCUACCAGAAGAUUACAUUUUUUGGCAAUGCUAGAAAAGUUGGUAAAUGUUAAAACUAUGAAGGUUUUGGGGAUUUGACCAAGAUUUUGAGGCUUACUGAACAUGAAAAAGUGAUAAGUUUGAUUUUAGGCAGAUUCAAAUAUUGUAUUACAUACAGCUCAGAAUUUCAAUCAGAAUUUAAUAAAAGUCAAAUUAUGAAAAACAUAAGACAUGGAUGCAGUUUGCAAUAAAUAUUUUAUUUUGCUUAAUCCAUAGUCCACCAGCUGUGUCUCUAGACAAGGUGACCCAAUUGUAACCAUUGCCUACCAUAGAUGUAUCCAACUUUUGUGGCAUUAUUUUCUUAACUUUCUUUUUCUUAUAUAU